CAACAUAUGAUUAAUGGGUGUGAAGAUGAAUUCCUUAGUUCCCCUAGCCCUUGGGAGUAGUAACAAUGUGAGACCUGUAGUGUGAAUUCUAAUUGGUCUUAAUAAUAAAAACCCAGAGUCAGAUAUCGGGGUGAACGCUGAAAGAUCAGAGAUGUAAAGGAGCAGCCAACGUCACCUCUUACCUCCACAAGUCCUCAGACGGAAAAGGGGAGAGAUCCUGUCUCCGCCUGCUUAUAUUUCUCUCUCUGCCUAGCCAUAUCACUUCCUGUCUCUUGUCUAUACAGACCUCCAGACCUCUAUGGUUAACUAGUGGCUAGCUCUGCCCUCUGAUCUCCAGACCAGCUUUAUUUGUCAGAACACGAACAAAAUAUACGAAAGAGACCCAUGCUCCCAAUCAGCUCCCAGAAUCCUCGGAAGGAUUUGGUCCCAGUCACCCACAGUGGUGACUUGUAUGACGGCACCUCCUUUGUUGGCUUUCUUUGGUCUUCCUCUGCUACUCCUCUGCUGGUGCCUCCUGGGUCUACCUCCCACACUAACUACGUGCACUGUGUUACUGUCUCUAGAUCUGCUUUGGGAAAUUCAGAUAAACACUGUCCAUGAAAGGGGAAGGAAGCGGGGAGCUCUUCACCCAGGGUUCUGAAUACUCCUAGGAUGGGCGGGGCCAAGGUUUGAAUCAAAGGUAGGUGGGUCUUUGUCACAUCAGUUUGCUAUCAACAUGACCACAGAGUUGGCUAGAGGCAAGCCCUGUACUCUAAAGAUGGAUAGCCACCCAGGCCUCAGAGUAGCCCCAGUCUCAGGAUUUAUAGGGUUAGGCAGAGACCCCGGCCUCUGGCUGAUUAACUCAUCUGCUCAGAUCUAACCAAGAAUAGCCUAGCUCUCUGUAAAGAGGGGCCAGAUAGGUCCUAACACUAGUACAGUCGGGUCCUCCACCCCACCUGCUGUAGUCUCAGUGUACAAUGUACCAUCUAUUCUGCGGCUGGCUUUGUGUCAUGGUUGUGUCCUGGUUAGGACAAGGCAGCUGGGCUCCCCAACCAGAGGCCCAGGCUACAGCCCUAGUGGCCUCCAGGGGGCGCCGCAGCAAAGCUGGUGGUUGGGCACCUCCAGGCUCAGUUGUGAUGGGCGGGCUCCGACCCCUUAAGGCCUCAGGUUCCACUGGCUAGCUCCUGCUGAAUGCACCCAGGGUGAAUCCGACUCAGAGACACCCGCCUCCGAUCUCACCGUACCGGUGUUGUGCUGCUCACUGCUGCCUUAUUUCUAUCAUCGCCCCAGGUAGAACCCAGAUGCUAGCCGGCCGGAUGUCCAUAUGCCUGUCUGUUCAUUUUGGGUGAUCGUGGGUCGGUGCGCCCUACUCCUGCUGUGGCAUGUGCAGAGUUAAGGCGGGAGGAGGUUUCCCCGAAUCUGGGGAGGGGGGAGCGAGGGGCGGACCUGGACCAGCCCCGCCCCACGCCGGAGCGGUGCGGGAGCCCCACCAGAGCCCAGCUUCAGCCCUAGCCAGAGCCAGCGUCAUCCGGAGGCGGAACAGCGGACCCCGUGCCCUGGCGACAGCAGAGAUCCAGCGGGUGAAGGCAAGGUCCCUUGGACUGGUCAGACACACCUUUACAGCCCUGGCAGAAUCAAGAUGAGGCCCUAUUGUGCCCCCCCAGUGAGGCCCACAGCCUGAGCAAAUAGCAUGGCCUGCCACCGGCACUGAGCAACAUGGCUGCGGGAGGUGGCCGGGCCUUUGCUUGGCAGGUGUUCCCCCCCAUGCCCACUUGCCGGGUAUAUGGCACAGUGGCACACCAGGAUGGGCACCUGCUGGUGUUGGGGGGCUGUGGCCGGGCUGGGUUACCUCUGGACACUGCUGAGACACUGGACAUGGCCUCACACACAUGGCUAGCAUUAGCACCCCUGCCCACUGCCCGGGCUGGUGCAGCUGCUGUGGUUCUGGGUAAGCAGGUGCUAGUGGUGGGUGGCGUGGAUGAAGUCCAGAGCCCAGUAGCUGCUGUGGAGGCCUUCUUGGCUGAUGAAGGCCGCUGGGAGCGUCGGGCUACCCUCCCGCAAGCAGCCAUGGGGGUUGCGACUGUGGAGAGAGAUGGUAUGGUGUAUGCUCUGGGGGGAAUGGGUCCUGACACGGCCCCCCAGGCCCAGGUACGGGUGUAUGAGCCCCGCCGGGACUGCUGGCUCUCGCUACCUUCAAUGCCCACACCCUGCUACGGGGCCUCCACCUUCCUGCACGGGAACAAGAUCUAUGUCCUGGGAGGCCGCCAGGGCAAGCUCCCAGUGACUGCUUUUGAAGCUUUCGAUCUGGAGACCUGUACGUGGACCCGACACCCAAGCCUGCCCAGCCGGCGAGCCUUUGCGGGCUGUGCUAUGGCUGAGGGCAGUGUCUUUAGCCUGGGUGGACUACAGCAGCCUGGGCCCCACAACUUCUACUCCCGCCCACACUUCGUCAACACUGUGGAGAUGUUUGACCUGGAGCAUGGGUCCUGGACUAAGCUGCCUCGUAGCCUGCGAAUGAGGGAUAAGAGGGCCGACUUUGUGGUUGGCUCCCUUGGGGGCAACAUUGUGGCUAUUGGGGGCCUUGGGAACCAGCCAUGCCCUCUGGCCUCCGUGGAGAGCUUCAGUCUUGCCCGGCGACGCUGGGAGGUACUACCUGCCAUGCCUACAGCCCGAUGCUCCUGUUCCAGCCUGCAGGCUGGGCCCCGGCUGUUCGUGAUUGGGGGUGUGGCCCAGGGUCCUAGCCAAGCUGUGGAGGCACUGUGUCUGCGUGACGGGGUCUGAAGGCCUGGGGAGACCUGUCUACCAGAGCAGCUCAGUAGAGAGACAGAUUGGGCUCCUUUUCACUGCUGAGGGGGCUCCCCAUGGCUCUGUAGGAUGAGGGAGGCACAGGAAAGGGUACCCGAGUUACCGCCUUAGGGACUGGGGUUGGAGAACCUUUGUCUUUAGCACAGGACACACAUGCUUACACCUAUUUUUACCAACAUCUACUCACAAACCAUAGCUAGCUCUACCCAUGCCCUAGCACUUACUAGGCCCUUGGUCAACUCUGAAGUGUGACAAGGAGAGUGUUGGCCUC